AUGAAAAUCUUAUUUGAAAAUUUAGAGUGUUAUAGUGUUCGUCGGAUCCCCCAUGUUUUAUUCGUCGUUGGAGAGGAAUCUAGUCGUGCGGGCCUGAAAGUUGAGAUUGUCGUUGGGACAUAUGACCCUGGUGCUAGUGAUUCUCGUUCCAAUUAUACUACCGACAUGAACCCGACCAUUGACGACUUUGUGAUGCUCGAUUAUGUAUCAAUGCUUGGUAUUGGUUGUCUUGACAUUGAAGGUCUGAAGCAUAUGUGCACUUUCGAUGAUGAGGAUAUUGCUGUUGCACCUGGUGGUGAUGGUGGAGCUGGUGGUGCAGUUGUUUCAGGAGGCCAAGGUCUUGAUGGUGUUGGGCCUAGAAAUGUUCAAGUGGGUUGA